AUGGCUACUCCAGAAAGAAAGGCCUGGUUCCUCAAGACGCGAGGAAAGCUUAUCCAGAUCCUGCCCCUGCUGAAUUUGCCUCCCUGGUGGUCAGUGGACCCCCUGCAGCAAGUCUUCCAGAAGAACGCGACCCAGGUUAUCACAGAGACUUUGGGACACGAGCUGGCCUACACACGUGAGGCUUACAAAAAAGAGCACCAAGACCGGGACCCAGAAGCCGAUGGUCUGACGUCGCAGUCAAUGGAGAUUGACGGGGACAAACACCAGGACGACAAGCUGCCGGCAGCUCCGAGGGUCAGCUUGAGAAGCAGUGGGGCUGGUGCUGGGAACCCCCCCUCGCUCUUGGAGGGCUCAACAGGUCCCACUCCCAGCGUUGCCGGUGGGGCUCAGUCUGUUCGUGAUGAGACACCCGCGCCACACAUUUCUGAGUCGGAAGACGAGGCUCAGGCACUGGGCCUCAAGAGUCGACCAUCGGACAAGAAGAAGGCUGGCCCGAAGCGAAAGAGGACAACCGAGGAGAUCCUUUCGGAUCAGGUCAUGGCCGUGAGCGAGGAGGUCGCCUUGCUUUUGGACAAGCUUUCCUCCUUUCCGGAUGCUCCCAAGUUUGCGGAUGUCAGCCGAGUCGACCGGAUGGCGUCCCGAAAACACAAAGAGUUGAAAGACGCUCACCACUACGAGCAGGCCGGGGAAGUCAAGAAGAUGCUGGACCAGAUCGAGGCAUUGAGGAACUGCUACAAGGUCGGUGUGACUUUCCUUACGGGCACCCAGGCAAGCCGAAAAAAGGCAACUGGGGAGUUUCUUCUGCGCUUCGACACCUGCCAGGAGGGCUACCCGGAAGUCUACACCUCCUUCUCGCAGACCGUUCGCCGCGCUCACGUGGAGGCUUCGUUCACCCACUCCGUGGAGAAGCGGGAGUGGAGUUCGACCUCGCGUUACAUGGAGCAGAAGACACUUGCUCUUCUGUAUGAUGACGUGGGGGACCGGUCGGCCCGCUGCAUGGAGGCGGUCAUCGGCUCGAUCUUGAAGCAGCACGAGGACCCGCCGGACCUGGAUGCUGCAAGCAAGAAUCUAGUUCAGGUGCUCGAGCGGCUGGUGGAUGUCGUCCAUGAAGACAUCCAGGAGCCGACGAAGCACAUCGUGUGCCUUGCCAAGCUCGAUGUGGCUGAGACCUUGGAGUGCCUCGAGGAAGCAAUCGCAAGCUGCCUGAGCAAGAAGGAGGAGCCCAUCUACAGGGCACUGCAGCAGGACUUUGGCCUGAAGCUUUUGCAGAUGGCAGAGGCUGAAUGCCAGAAACGUGCUCUGCGAAGAGAUUCCCUGGCAUCCGUGGCCAAGUGCCAGGUCUUCUUCGAGAACUUCCUGAAGGAGGAUGACGUGAAGGAGUACCUCGAGACAGGCAAGGAGGAGAGCUUGGAGCAGACGCUGAAGAAGGACUUCGGUGACAAGUGUGUGGAGCUCCAGAACCUCCUUGUCUCAGGCAGUGAAAUGCUCAUCGACGGCCCGAAAGAGGCGGCCUUCAUGAGCUUUGUCGAGGUGUGCAACUCGGUGCUCAGCACAGCUGUGCUGAAGCGCAUGGAGGCGCGCUUUCACUGGAAGCAGUCAGGGCCGAUGUUUGCUUUUGCAGUAGCAAGAACCAGGGGCCGUCGUCCGAGUUAUUUCUAA